ACAAAACUGUAACAUCCUUAACUGUCGGAUUGUUCGCUGCGUUCAAAAAGAAAGGAGAGGCCUCCUGGACACACCGCCAGAUUAUUGAAUACUUUCUUUCAUAUUCACAGUCAAAAGAAGAAUGGAAGCGAAACUUUUUUUUCCUCACCCUGUUGAUGUGUGAUCAGCAUAUUGCACAUAAUGUAUUCAUUACUGACACGGCACCCGUAGGGGGUGCUGAGCCCACAGCUCGAGAUGGCUCACUCUGAGGACCACAGCAAGGCAGCACUGACUCCCUCUCUCCAGUUUACAAAGAAAAGCAAAGGCGAGAAGCGUGUGUCUUUCCCAUCGGAUGAAGAAAUGGUGUCAGGCUUCGCUGAGCACAAGGACGUGUGGAGGGACGUAGACAGCAUCACCUUGAAAGAGAUAAUAGCAAACUAUAAGCAGGCCUGUCAAAAGCACCAAGUGGAACCCAAGUCAAUGAUUCUGGAACAGCUCCAGGGCAUCACAGAUGUGAGUAACAGGGCCAGAUGCCUCGAUCUGAAAGGUGAACGAUUAGAUUACCAAUCAUGUGAGUCUCUUGAAGAAAUAUUGAAACUACUCCAGUUUGAAAUCAUCAACCUACAGGAGACUGAACUGGAGGAGAAUGGGGCGUCUGCCUUGCUGGACAUGAUUCUGUACUAUGAAUCCACAGCACAUCUUGACAUGUCGUCAAACACAAACAUUGGGGUUGGCGGCUGGCAGGCUCUGUCUCACCUGCUCCAGAAGAGCCGGUGCCUGCGGAGGCUCGAUGCCUGUAACCUGCCCCUGCAGGAGUAUCCUGCCCAGAGGCUGUCCAGGGCCCUGCGCUGCAGCAGGCUGGCUGUGCUGCACCUGGACAAUGCCUCCCUGAACGGCCAACCCCUCUUCACGCUCGUUUGUGCUCUGAAGGUGAACUGUGCCUUACAAGAGCUGUACCUUGGAAACAAUAAGCUUAACAGCUACCAGGAUGCCAUGCAGCUGGGAGAACUUCUCAAAUAUAACCACUGCCUCAAACUGCUGGACUUGAGUAACAACCUUAUUUCAGAUGCAGGUCUGGAAGAAAUCUGCGAUGGUUUAAGAGUGCAGAGAAAUGGGAUUAGAAGUAUUGUGCUAUGGAACAACCAAAUAACUCACAGAGGCAUGCUCCAUCUGGCUAGCACACUGCCCUGUGUCACAACCCUUGAAACACUGAAUCUUGGCCACAACAAUAUCCAGGACAAAGGCAUCCAAGAGCUUAAGGAAGGUCUGAUAGCUAACCGAUCUCUUCUGCAGCUUGGACUGGCCUACACUGGAAUCACUUGUGAAGGUGCUGUAGCUACAGCAGAAUUCAUCGUCGAGAGUCUUCGCAUCCAGAGGCUCGACGUGCGAAAGAAUUUGAUCCGAGCAGCGGGCCUGAUGGCUCUGUCCUUGGCACUCAGAAUAAACCACUCACUGAUCAGGGUGGACUUGGAUAAAAAACCGAAGAAAGAGAAGUCAGGCACUGCAAAGCGGGGUCCGAUUCUCAGUAACUCCAGCUGGAGCGACUGCGCUGUAGAGGAUGUUCCCCGCUGUGUGGAGUGUAGCAGUCUCGGGCCUUGUCACGCUGUCCCUGCCUGCACGGGCACCAUGGAGAGGAGCUAAUUGGAUUUGUUGUCACCUUCAGUAGCUGCCAGGAGCUGGCGUCUGCUCCGGUUAGAGAUGAAGACAUCACCAUGACAGGACCCCGGAAAAGGAUCAGCUGUUAUCCUGGGUACCUCUAAUAAAGUCAUGGUUGUAAUGUCCAAGUGGACAGACUCAGGCCAGCUGUUCAGUGCGUUUCAGGGGCAGGCUUAAGGAAGAGGGGACAUGGCACCCCAGCCCACAACGUCGCAGAGAGCCGAAAUGCCCACAGCAUUCCCAAAACAAUGUGUCACUCAACAGCAGUUAGAGGACAGCACCUCCUCAACUACAAGGGCUUUGUUCAUGUUGCUGUUGCUGCUGCCUCUGCAGGCUGAC